AGCAGCUGCCAUGUUUGGCUGCUUUGUUGUAGGUUUCUUGUAGGUUUCCUGCAGAUUUUUUUAGGUGUUGCAAUGGAACCGAGCUGGAGUACAUUUCUAUUUCAGCAGGCCAAUGAAGCCCUCCACCACCAGCACCAGGUGGCCCAGAACAGCCUGCUGCCGCUGCUCAACUCUGGAAAUGAGCCGGUGGACCAGAAGCCUGUGAUGCCCAUUCCCCUGGACCAGAAACCCCCCGCCAGUGCCGCAGAGCUCCUCAAAGACAACGUGGCCAGCGGGGCAGGUGGCGGCAGGGGACCCAUGCCCGUGGUGAAGAAGGAGCACAAGAGCAAGACACCCUUCAUCUGCGGCUAUUGCAACAAGGCCUUCCGUGACAGCUACCACCUGCGGCGCCACGAGUCCUGCCACACGGGCAUCAAGAUGGUGUCGCGGCCCAAGAAGACGGCCCAGACGGCCCCCACCAUGGUGCCCUUCAUCUCCAGCCUGCCCAGGGAGAACAGUGGGCAGCCCUCCUACAUCUCCACCAUCGCAGGCAUCCUCACCACGGCCACCACCUCCGUGUCCUCAGCCUCCAGCAUCAUGUCUCCAGUCUCUAUGAUCAACGUGCCGCAGCAGAGCCAGCCCAAGAAGCCUGCCAAGCCUGUGAAGAAGAACCAUGGCUGUGAGAUGUGUGGCAAGGCCUUCCGAGACGUCUACCACCUGAACCGUCACAAGCUGUCCCAUUCGGACGAGAAGCCCUUCCAGUGCCCCAUCUGCCAACAGCGCUUCAAGAGGAAGGACCGCAUGACAUACCAUGUGCGCUCUCACGACGGUGGAGUCCACAAGCCAUACGUCUGCUCCGUGUGUGGGAAAGGCUUCUCCAGGCCAGACCACCUGAGCUGCCACGUGAAGCAUGUCCACUCCUCAGAAAGACCAUUCAAAUGCCAAGUAACGGCCUGUACUUCUGCCUUCGCCACCAAAGACAGACUGCGCUCCCACAUGAUCCGACAUGAAGGGAAGGUCACCUGCAACAUCUGCGGCAAGAUGCUGAGCGCAGCCUACAUCACCAGCCAUCUAAAGACACACGGCCAGACUAACUUUAACUCCUGUAACAAAGGGGACUGGCAGUGGAACUCCUCAGGGGGACGAAAAGAUAAUGACAUUCACAACUCAGCCUCAGCCACACCUGUAACAGCCUCCGCCCCCAUCACCACCACGAUGAACCGGGGCAACUCCAUCAACAACCCUGUCACAAUAGCGGCGCAAAUGAACAUUUCCACCAAUACAGUUAACGUCAGCCUCCAACACCCAGUCACCAUCACUGGGCCCGUCAACAUCGCCUCGGUCAACAUCCCUACCACGGCACACAUGAAUAUAGCCCACCCUCUGGCCAUCAGCACCCCCAUGUCCAUGACAAUGUCCGGGCCCCUCAACAUCGCCAUGAGAUCCAUGGAGAGUAUGUCUUUUCUGUCCCAGGUCCUGCCUUCGUCCCCACCCUGGUAAAAACAAAACGAGAUGGAGAGAAAAGGAGAAAAAUGAACCAUCUUUCCCCAACCCUCUGGCCCCUGACCCCGUGCCCCUUCCUCAGACAUGGAAAUGAACGUUUAGCCUACUUGUGCCAUGCAGCGGAGAGAACUACCCUGUCACAUGGCUCCACCACAACCAAUGUUACAUCACAGAAGAGAACCAGAACAGUUGUGUAGAAGUUAGAUAGGGUUUUGUCUAUUAUCUGAAGGAUGUCAAACCUAGAUGUAGUGAGUCGGAUCGUGUUAAACAGUGAUGUCAACAUUCCAGUCACAGUAGGAUUAACAAGAG